CCAUGGCUAUGAAAUUAUCAUCAAUAGUGCUACCAACUUUGCUAGUCAUACUGCUCAUAACCUUCAAUGUUAUUACUCUCUCUGCAGAAUCACCAACCAAAGAAUCAAUGGAGAAUGAAGCUCUUUUGCCUGCCGGAGGCCGGUUCCUGGCCUCGAACAAGCCUCGAGCGGUGAUGACAUGUGACAAGUACCCCAGAGUGUGCCGUGGGAAGGGCAGUGGAGGUCCUGAUUGCUGCUACAAACAGUGUGUGAAUGUAAUGAGCGAUGAGCUCAACUGUGGCAAGUGUGGCAACAAGUGCAAGUAUUGGGAGAUAUGUUGCCAAGGCAAGUGUGUGAAUCCAUCUUUGGAUGAAAAACACUGUGGCAAGUGCAACAACAGGUGCAGUGACAAGGGAAGCUCUUGUGUUUAUGGGUUAUGCAGCUACGCAUGAUCAAGUGCUUAUAAAGCCAAAAUCACGUCUUUUUUCCUUCUUUUUUUCCUUUGGGGUGAUUUGCUUUAGUGUGAAAGAAUUAGGGUUUUCUGCUCCACUUAUAUACUCAAGGAAUUUAAUUGUUUUCCCUGUAUAGCAUACUGUGAAAUCCCAAUAAAACCUCAAAUUCAU